AUGAAAUGUGUAAAACAUCCGGGUAAUCAGAUCAUUUCGGUCUCUGUCACGUGUGAUUCCACACUGGUCUGUGAGGAUUGUAUGACGGACGAGCAACACAAAUCUCAUGUCUUCGAGAAACCAAAAACAAUUGCAAAUAACAUCAAAACAAAGCUACAGAAACAAGAGGAGACAGUAUCUGUAUUAAUGUCCUGCUUAGAGGUGGACUUGGAUGAGGCACAGAAGCUAAAAUCACAACAAGAACACAACCAAAACAAAAUAAUCAAAAGAAUAAACAACAGCAGAGAGGAAAUAAUUGAAACUGUUGCUAAGAUGGCUGUUAAAUUUAUAUCACAAUCCGAGACUCAAUUCCAACGUAACUAUGUUAAACUACAAAACGUCUCCGAUGAUAUCUCUGCAAAACUGGAAAACAUGAGACGACACAGAGAGGAAGUAAAAUAUCUCAUUGACAGCAAAGAUGAUCUAUGUGUGAUAGAGAGGUCACAGAAGCUAAAAGAUAUUGACGAACAAACGACACCUUUACCGGAACUGGAAACAAUUGAGUUUACUACGGGAAAAAUAAAUACCUGUCAGUUAGAGCUCAUGAUCAGGGGUACCGAGAAAGAACCAUCUUUACAAGGAGCUCAAGCACCACGAUUUAUGUCGUUAUCAACGAGUAAAGGAUAUGAUUUCGUUGGUAAUCUCCUUCGUCCAAGGAAGGAACUUUUGUUGGAACGGACAUUCAAACAGUCAGAAUCAAAAUCGAUAACGUAUAUAUGUUUUGCCUUUGAUGGGCAAGCAUGGAUAAAAUGUCACAAAAGCAAAAAAAUAUCGCUGACGGAUAAACACGGACAUGUUAAAAAAACGUUAGACUUUGACGUCUUGAUUCUUGGUAUGACAGUUGUAAAUGACCAAACACUGUUAAUAUGUGGAGAGGGGGAUAGAGAUAUUAAACAGGUCACACUGUCGAGUGGAGAGAUCACUUCACUCUUCUCUACUGGAAAGUUGAUGCCGAGAGAUAUCUGUACUGCACCCAAUGGAGACCUCUAUGUAACUCUUAGGGAUGAAAUUGGUUUCAUAACUACCCGGAAAAGUGAGAGAGUAUUGGCACGGUACUGUCCACGGGGCCGGGAGAAAGAUCGAGCUCUUUAUGAUAGACGGGGUAACGCCCUGUUUGUCUGUCCAGGGAAGGUAAGGAUCAGUAACACAGGGGGCGUUAUAGGCGUGACCAAUUUUACAGCCAAGGACGUCAAUCACCUGGUUCUACUGAAUGCAGAUCUUACGUUAAAGUCCCGAUAUCUAGGCCAUGGCAAGAUCAUACAUGGGGAGGAUACAUUUGAUGCGACUAGCUACAAAAAUGGUUGGCGCUUUAUCAUUGACGAUUUCAUCUUCGAUUCUUCAGAGAAUAUUAUCAUUUGUGAGGCCUAUACCAAAUCUGUACAGUUACUGUCCAUAGAUUUCGUCACCAUGCAGACCCUCCUGCCAAAACAGGAGAGUGAACCGAGGUCCAUCUCCAUGACGGGUGACGAGAUGUGGCUGGGUUUUCUGAACGGAACCGUGAAAGUGUACAAGUUUAGAAACGCUGAUGAACAACCUACAUCGUCCGACACCCAUCUGUAA